CCCCGGGGGGGCCAUGGUGGAAUUUUCUAGAAGAUUCCAAGCUCUGUGAAGGCAAACCAGGAACCCAGGGUGGGGGCUCCUGCCUGGAGGUCCAGAGCACCCCGUCUUGGGACCAGGCCUCCCUUGCCCCUGAGUGGACCAAGGCUGCCAGGCUGGGCCUGACCAGGAGACCUAGGGCCCUGUGAAGCUCAGGGUCCACAGCCAGGUGUUAGAGGGUGCCCAGGGGGUGACAGUGACCACAGCCCCAGACGUACACCCAGCACGAGCUUUGUGCCAGGCACAGGCAUCUCGGUGCCCACCCUGGGCCAGCCUCUGGGGACACUGUAGGGAACAAGAUGGGAACCGGCCCAGGAACCAGGUUCUCAUGCAGAGGUGGCUCUACCUGGUGGCAAGGUGACCAGAGGGACUUUUUACAGCCAAAGAACCUUCUUCCUCACAAGGUUGGCCCUUCUCCUGCCCAGGUCCUGAGAUGAGCUGGGGACAGAGUCAGAUCCAUUCCCAGCCCCUGGACCCUGUCCACAGAGGCGGAUGGUCCAGCUGGACCAGCCAGAGCCACCAUGGAUGCAGGGACGAGGGUGAUGUGAGGCCGGGGGAUCUCAGAGCAGAGGCUGUCCGGGCCCCCUGGGGAACCGGAGGCUUACAGAGCAGGCGGCCUUGGAGUUGGGGCUUGAGGGAGGAACAGCAGAGAAGGUGGGUCCGAAGACGGUGCAGACUGAUGACCAAGGACAUCUGCGUGCUCACCUCCCCGCCCAUCCCCACACCUCCUGUGGAAGGAGGCCCAGGCAGCCUGAGAGACAGGAGAGCCGGGGCAGGAGUCCACAUGGACGGGUGGACAGAGGUCACACCACCGCCCCGUCCUGGAAACCCAGCUGGGUGGUGGGGACUCUGGGUGCUGCCAGGAGCCCCGAGACUGCAGGCAGCACAGGGAGGUCCCCAACCCGCGCGAAGCCCUGAAUACGGAGGUUGGGCACAGAUGACUCCCGGCCCCGGGCUGCCGACAGCUCUGUUGAUGUUUCUGGGAAAAAAAUGGAAUCAGCUGCUGAUAUUUUUAGAAUUUCAUGCCCAAAAUCUGGAUUUGUGGCUUCUCUUGGAGAAAUGGAUAUCUGGUCCCCCUGCAGGGCCUGUCCCCUCACCCCCUGCAAGCAUCUGCCCCUAUGGGUGGCAAGUGUGACCCACCCCAGGGAUGGCCACCCUGGGCUUCUGUGUGUUGUGACAGGGUCCCCGUUCCAGGACAUGGAGGGAGCGGGUCCCCUGUGGCAGCGAGUCUGCCUCAGGGUGUCUGCAUAAGGGAUGUGCCCAGCCCGCUUGUCCACCCACGGUGCCUCUGUGGCCCCGGGGGGCGUUUGGGUUUACGGUCCCUCACCCGCGUUCUGUGUGGUGCCACAGAUGUCCCCGACUGUCCAGGCCUGCCGUGCCAGUGCGUGUGCCCCGUGUCAGCAGGUUCCACGGCUGUGGAGGGGCAUCGGUGGUCAGCCUGAGGAUGGGACCUGCUUCUCUUUAUAACUGCUCUAGAGUCUAAGGUAGGGAUGAGUGGGGACCCUCAGGGAGCAGGUGACGUCAUGUUGUGGACCUCUCAUGGUCCCCAGCUCCUCUCAGCCUUCAGAAUCACUGAUGAGUCCCGAGGUCCCAGCGUGGCCUGGCUGGCACUGGUGGCUUGUGGAGAAGCCUCGUCCUGUUAAGACCAGGCCACCAGAGACCGAAGCCCAGCUUCCUUUCUGAUGUGUUAAUCUGUCCACCAGCCUGUCCUUGGUCCCCGUCUGUGACUGAAAUUCACUGCUCUGUCCAGGGACCUGUUCUGUUAGGACCCACGGUUGGUACACGGAGCUCGGGUCUGUGGGCCGCCAGGCAGAGCCCGGGCUUUACCUCUCGGAACCUUGUUUUCUCCUGUGUAACAUGGAGAUGACGGUUCCUAAGGUCACAGCCGGAAACUGAGUGGUGUAAAGCAGCAGUAGAUCCAUUCGGUGGAGUACCUCAGGGCACAGAGGGGACAGCUCAUCAGAGCCCGUGGCUCUACUGCCUGUCCAUGUGGCUGCUUGGGCUUCCUCACUGCAUGGCCGUCAGGCCACCAUAGGCAGGAAGUGGAGUCUGUCAGGUCCCGUGAGGCCCGGAUAUGGAAACUGACACAGGGUCCCUUCCGUCACACUUUACUGGUGAAAGUAACCACGGAGCCCACCAAGAACCAAGAAGGAAGGGUGAGGACCCCCUUCAUGGAGGAAUGCGGCAUCCCAGUCUGCUGUGACCUACACUGGAAUAGCUGAAGCAGAGGUGUGCGCUUUGUUCAUGUCUCUAGAAUGGCUGAGAUUUUAAAACCACCAAGACAGCAAGUGCUCGCAAGGAUGAAGCACAGCUGAAGCUCACCCGCUACCCAUGGACGUGCAAAACAGUAGGGCUGCUCAUCUACACCCUGCUCUUCCUAACCUGAGGCCAUUAUAAAACACAAAUGAAAACCAGUGUCCACACAAAGGCUCAGCCCUGUCCCAAAGACCACAGACUGGGAGAAGCAGCCCCAAUGACCAUCAGCAAAGUGGUGGGGAAUCGAUGGUUUAUGGAAAUACUACUCGGCAAUGAAAAAGGUGGGGGCUCCUGUACCCAGCCACGUGGAUGAGUCUCGCAGGCACGCUGUUGAGAGGGGGAAGCCAGACAGGAGGCACUCUGGGCCACUCAUUCCUGGGAAGUCCAGAAAGGCAUGCCGGUCGACAGUGUCAGCACUGGAGGGAGUUCGGCUUUGGAUGGGAGGUUGUGUGGGGAGAGGCAGGGAGGACUUCCUGGGUGACGGGUGUGUUCUGCCUCCUGCUCUGGUUGUGGUCGCACAGAGGUAAGCACAUGUUCAGAUCCAGGCCCACCGAAGACCUGGCCCUUCAUGUCGUCCACACUCAAUUAACCAUUUCUGAGUCCAGUGUCGGCCACACACCCAUAAACGGCAGCUGCAGAGAGGCCCGGGCAGUGAGGUUCUCCAGUGACGGGAUCUGAAGGGCCUUCCAGCUCCGGCCCUGGGGGCCGCCCCAGGCCCACCCCCGGGAGCCGACUGCCCGCUCACAGGCAGGAAAGUCCCUGCUGGCCGAGGCCCAGCAGUUGCAUUAGGAAUGUGCCUGGGUCACGUGCCGUGGCUCUCCUUCCUGGGGGCAGGAAAGGUCCUGCUCUGUGGUGACGUCAGCACCUGCUGAUGGACGUGGGCUCCGGGAGCGGGGGACAGGCUGGGGGAGGGUCUGCCAGGCCUGGGCUAACAGACCUGCUGAGUGUGUGUCCUGCAGAGCCCCCCCGAGCGCCGAUCUUCUGUCGCCUCCGCUGUCCUCCGAGUGCGGCCUGCAGACUCAGAUGCCACCACGUGCUGCGGGUCGGGUGUGACCGAAGAAAUGUGCCACUUACCUCUGACUGUCCUCCAAGAGGAAAGUGCCCUGUGGCCACGGACUCCACGUUAGGAACGCCCUGGGGAGUGGCGGGCUCUGUGGUUAACCCAGGGGACCCCUGUCAGCUCCAGUGGAUUGUCACUGUGUGGGACACUGGCGGGCUCCGUGUGACCAGCUCUUUUGACAAGAAGCUGGGAAUCAGGGCUUCCCAGGGAAGCAGCCUGGCUCUGAGAUCUUGGCCUCGCUUGGCUGGGCUGUGGGUCUCGGCUUUGGGUGUGACGGGGCAGGGCCCGCAGGAGCCGCCUGCAGAGCCGUGGGGCACGUGGCCUGGGACCACCCUGACUGGGGUCCCAGCCCCCCACGGCCUCGCUCCUUUGUUCUCUGGGCCUGUUUUGUCACCUGCAGCAUCAGGCUGGGGUGGACCAGGGCCUGCUUCAGAGGAUCUGUCCCCAGCACAUGGACAGCAGAAGUGCCUGGGGGUUCGUGCCCUCUCGGUUGGCCUGCACUGAAUGCCCCUGACGUGGGCUCUCCUGUCGCCAGCCCACGCGGGAACCCUACAGGUUCGGGGCUCUCCCAGCCGCUGGGACCUGGCCCUAAGUUACUGCGGCAGCCCUGCCCUCGCGCCUGCAGCUUCGGCCCAGGAGACAGGGCUCCUGAGGGCCUCUUGCCCACGGCCCCUCUGUCCUUCAGGUUUGGAGAAGGGGGGGCGGGUUCCUGGAUCCUCUCCACUGUCCCCCCAGACCAGCCCCCACUCUCCCCACCCCAUCUGCCGCUUUAGAAUCGACAGAAACCCUGGCGGUUGUGGCCAGACCUUGCCACGGAGUGGGUCGUCUGCCCUCGGCUGCGCCAGGGGUGGGGUGGUCGCUGGCCCUGCGGAGGGCAGCAGCUCCUGGCGAAUGGCCUUGGGAGGAAAGGGAGGGUCUGAGGGCUUUUCCCUGUCCCAGGUGACAGCACGGGAGGGUGGGGACUGUGCCGGAGCCCAGGCUGAUCUGGAGCCUGGCUGGUGGCACGGAAGCCAUCCGUGGCCGAAGAUGAGCCCUGAGCCUUGGCUCUGCAGAGCGCCCUUGCCUUCUGUCCCUUACAGACCCUCCGGAGCUCUCGCGGACUGUCCCCCACCCUCUGCGUGUCUGGCCAGUGAGCGGGCAGCGGCGGGUGCUGCCUCUGCCUGGCUCCCACGACCCCUCCUCCUGCCCCAGGCCAGGCUCAGGUGCCCCCGGGCACAGUGGCGUGUCCCUUGGGUCCCUCCGGCUGGGGCAGUGUUGGUCUCUCUCUUGCUCCUCCCGGUCCCACAGUGUGGUGACGGAGCGGUCGGGUGUCCGGUAGAUGGUCCCCGAUUUGGGUUUCCCGUGGUGGGACCGGGGUUUGGUUCACAGCACCACGGGAGGGGCCUUCUCCUCACUCUGCCGGGGGCUCACGGGGCCCACGUGGCAUCGUGCUGGUGUGGCCUCGGCUGCCCUCCUGGAAACCCCCUGCUCCCCCACGUUUCCGUGUCCUGUCCCUGGGUGUCUCUCCCUCGUGCCUGCCCGGGUCCCUCGGUGUCCUUGGGGACUGGUUCCAGGAGUGUCUCUGGACACUAAAAUCCCAGGAGGCUCACAUCCCUGAUGUGAAGUGGCUCAGCACUUGCACGUGGCCUGUCCCCACUCUCCGGGGACUUUAUUUUUUUAAUGCAGAGCUGGGGUUGGGACCCGGGCCUGUACCUCCGAGCCCCACGCAGCCCUCCUGUCACUUCAGAUGGUCCCUGGGUGACUCUGAUGCCUAAUGCCCGUGCCACGGCGGUGCCCGUGCCCUCCUGUCUAGAGAGCGAGGAGGACAUGGUUCGCGCUGGGCACAGACAGGUUUUUUCUUAGUAUUUUGACGGGUGGUUGAUGGACACCAGACGUGUGGCCCACGGGUGUGGAGGGCACCUGCAUUAUCGGCUUCGGGUUAGGAUCCAGUGACACAUUAUCAUUUGUCACUAGAGUGUUCCCGCCUGGCUAUUGCUCUCCAGGCUGGCCCCUGUGCCCUUUGACAUGUCCCGUGUUCCCUGACUGUGGUACGGAGGUGUCCCAGGCUCAUCUUACAUGUUCCUGUCCAGCCCUGGGCCCACCCGUGUCUCUGCUUAAUGCUGAAGUUGGAAACUUGAUACCAGAACCCUUGGGCCGGGGGCGGGGGGGUGCCUCGGAGGGCAGCGUUCACUCACCAUUGGUCCCGUGUUCCCCAGGGGUCCGCGGGAGAAGCCCUGGUUCACAUCCUCAUCUUACAGAUGAGAAAACCGAGGCUGGGGCAGGCAGGGACUGGCCUGGGGUCCUGGAGAAGGGCUGCCACACGCACCCUCAGGACUGGUCUUUGUCUUGGUGGAGUCGGCAUGAGAAAGAGGCGUCCCCGAGAGUGCUGGGCUCGGAGCCAAGUGCCCAGGAGACGGUGGCACCAUGACCAGAGCUGAAUUCAAACACCGUCCUGAGCCCGGGUCCAGCUCCUACUGUGUGCACUGGUGCUCCUCAGACCGUGGGCCCCAGAACCUGACUCCGGUGUCCGAGGAGCCUUGGCUGAAGGGACUCCGCCCGCAGAGCAGGCGACGGGGCAUGGGGACAGCGUGUGACAGUCCUCCCCCAGUGGGUCCCCAGUGUCGGAGAGCCAUGGGGACGCGACCACAGGAAGGCACACUCUCUUGCGCACAUGCAGAAGGUGGCUUGGCCUUGGCUCUGAAACAAAACGGAGGCUUCAGUGCCCCUCCGGCCAUGACGGGAGGAUGUGGCUGCUCAGAGUUCCCGGUUCCCUCUCGGGUCCUUGCAGGCUGAAGAAAGUGAAGGUUAAAUGAGGUGGUUCAAGAAAGAACAGCCCAGCACCCACGUCGCGGGUGCCUGGCCGGCGAGCUUCCUGGCUUGUGUGACGUCAUUAAUGGAGGUUAGUGACAGUCAUCAACCCACUAGUUGGUCGAUUCCAGCGCAAUGGAAACUGGACCCACCUCGACUCUGGCUUGGAGCGGAGAUUCCGAAUCUUGCGAGUGCGCGGGGUCCGCGGUUUGCGCAUGAAGAUGUCCAGCCUGGGCUCUCGCACGCGGGCUUGGUUUUCAGAUCGGGAGCGACACUUCACAGACGGUGGAGGAAAACGUCCCAGUCCUUAAGGCCAAGGUGACAGAAAUGCGUGGCAUCUGUGCCAAAGUGGACGGCUGGAGCACGAACACACGGGAUGGGCACAGCCUAAGGACAGCUCGGUGGAUUUCCAUGUGUCAACCCCACAUGAAGGUGACCCAGAUGAGACCGAGCAUCUGCAGACCCUAGCCCCCCCCUCCCUCCCUUUCUCCCCCUCUUUCUCCUGGGUAUUGAACGUGGGGCACCGAGCUCCAUCCCCCAUCAUUCUUGUUUGUUUUUUGGUUUUGUAACAGAAUCCCCCUAAGUCGCUGAGGGUCUCACCCACUUGCUGAGGCCGGCCUCAAACUCGUGAUCCCCCUGCCUCCGCCUCCCGAGUCGGUGCAGUCUCAGGCUGCAUUCUCCCAUAGGUGCUCCCUUUGCCACAGUCCCCACCGCGCCCCGUUGCCCCCCACUGACUCCUCUCCCCGUCUGGUGCUUGGCUCCGUGUCCCUCCGCGUCCCGCUCAGAGGCUCAGCGUCUCAUUCCCCCCGCUGCUGGGCAAGGCUGGUUCCCUCCCUGUCCCUGUCCCUCAUCGCCCUGGGCAGUGAGCCCGUGCCCUGGAGCCCCCACUGGUCAUGUGGGGCCGGAGCCUAACCUCUCGUCCGUCCACCUGUGGUCCUCGGCCUGGGCCCUGGCCCCUUGCUCAGCAAAAGACCAGGAGACAGGGCUCUCGGUGGCUCAGUGGUCACCUGGCUGGAGGGCCGGGCCCGCAGAGCAGCAGAGGGAGCCAGCAAGGCGGUCAGUACUGACUUAGCAGAGAAUUAACAUUCUCGUGGGCAGAGAAGGAGCAGGGCUAAUUAAAGCCCUGCCCUUGGAAUAGCUGAUUCAUUCAGAUUUUACUCCACGCGUUUGAAAGAGGAAAAGGAGCUGGGGGGUCUGUGCCGAGGGCCUCACCAGGGCCCGGCUGGCGGCCACUCCCUCCUGGACGGGCAGGCUAUGAGUGCCCCCAGGGGGCUGUCACAGCACAGCCAGGGGCACAGACCCGUCCCGCAGAGGAAGGCGCGGGACCAGCAUGUCCCUGAUGGCUCCCUUGCUGCGGUGGCCAGUGACGAGGCCAGAAGCCCGCAGGGCCCCAGGCUGGGCAGGUGCAGGUGUGUUCUCUCUGGGGCUCGGGGGAGUCUUUCCUCCUCCACCUCCAGCCUCGCGCACUCUGCCCCCACUCCCUCGGGGGAGGACCCUCCUGGGGAUGUGGGCCCCUGGUGGCGCAGGGUGAUGGUCCAGGCCGGGAGCCUUGGCCGAGCCACCUGCCCGGUCUGUUUUGCCAGUGGCGUGGCCUGUCCCGGGGUCUGGGACAGAGUGUCUGGGGCCACCGCACACGGCCGACCGCUCGCCCGGCCAGGCUGCCGCUGUGCAGGGAGGGGAGGCCGGGAGGGUCCGCAGGCCCCUGGAGGGGACCUGGGCAGCUGCGGGCAGGAGGGCAGGGCCGGCACAGCUCAGGCAGAGGCCCGGCGGGAAGGAGGCUGAGGCCCUGAAAGAGUCCCGGGGCAGAGGGCCGUAUGAGGAGCGGGGCUGGGGACAUGGGCGCAGCAGCCAGGCCCAGGGCAGGGCGUCCAGGGGCCGGGCCUUGACACACCGGGGCCGGCGAGCUCUGCCUUGGGCAGUCCCGCAUACGGCUCCGCCCAUGAGAGGCCACUGGGACCCCUCCCUCCCACCCUCCAGUUGUGAAACACAAAAAUGUCUCCAGAUGUCUCCAGAGGUCCCCUGGGGGGUGACUCCUGGCUUUCUGGUCCCAGUGUGUGAGCCCCCAUUUCCCUGCAGAAGGAGAAUUGCUGCGCGGAUGGCGUCAGGCCCAAAUGCUCCUGUGUUCAACGAGCGUCUGUUGAACCAUGGACCCUCCCUGACACGGUGCUGGGACAUCUGAGGUGGGACCCUUGGUCCCCUGCUGUCCGCUGGAGGACCACCAGACGGGGACCAGGAUGGGUCUGACAAGGAGCUGUGGGAGCAGCCCAGGGGGCUGAGCAGAGCCAGAGCGCAGGACUUCCCUAGGAUGGCCUUUCUGCUAAGGUCUGCAGCACGCCCUGGAGAAUCCAGGCAGGGAACAGCACGUGCAAAGGCCCGGGGGCAGGAAAGAGCAAGGCCCUCGGCUGUAGAGCUCCAGGUUAGGGAUGGGCAAAGGACCAUCAAAGGGGCCCCUGUCCCUUUUCCCCUGAGAAAGUGCAAAUUGAUCACAGUAGCACCCUUUAUCUGUGUCUCACUUUCCAUGGCUUCAGUUACCUGUGGUCAACCUCAGUCCAAAAAUAUCAUGUAGAACGUUCUAGAAGCAAACACUUCAUAAGUUUUACCUCUUGUGCCAGCCUGAGCAGGGUGAUAAAAUCUCACGCUGUCUACCCAGGCCACGCAUCACCCCCUCGUCCAGGGCACCCUGCUGUACAGGAUCCCCACCUCUGGUGACGUGGCAGCCCUGCUGGCCUGUCGCAGGCUUGUGCUCCAGGACAGGGUGACACAGUCAUUUUACUGCCAGACGUUGUUAGGAUUGCUCCGUUUGCCUGAGCGGUUGGCGGUCUCCUGCUGGGCCAAGGUGUCAAGUUUGUUGUGAAGCGAGGACAGGAGAAAACAGAGCGCCCCCCGCGGGUCCCCAGGAGGGCAGCCCCUGUGGGGGGUCCUGUGUCCAGGGCCUGUCGCCAGGCUGGGCAGCCACCUGCUGUCUCACUGCAGGCCACCUUCUCGGGAAACCCCUCAGCAGCCCUGGGCCCGCAGGUCCAGCGUCCCUCUGUGGCCUGCCCUGGACUCCUCUCCACGGGGGCCGAGCCGCAGUGGCCUUCAGCGUCUGCUUCCCCUCAGUCACCCGACGCCCGCCUCACGGUGGGGUCCCGACUUCCUUCUGUGUCCUGGCUGAGCCGUACCCCAGCCUGUAGGCGAGCCCGUGGCCACUGUCCAUCAUCAGUUGAUGGACGUUGGGUGGCUUGGACUUGGCUGUGAGGAGCGAUGCUGCUGGACCUCUGUGGGUGGGCGUUUGUGGGGGUCUUGUUUGGUGUGGGGUCAGGGCUGGGUGGGGGAGCUGUGGCCACGGGGACUCCUAGCCCCUCCAGCUGUGUCCCGAAGCGGCUGCCCUGUUACUCCAGUGGCCGGUCCCAAAAGUCUUGGUGGAGGUUGUGAAGGGGCCUGUGAACGGAGCCGGCGCUGCUGCGGGGCCGGUGCUGGAAGGCCACCCCAUUCCCUGCUGGGAACAGCUGGAGUAGAGCGGUAACUGUCCCCUUCCGUGGAGUAGGACUCUCUGGGCUGCCCGAGAGUCUCCCCAACAUUGAGCCUGAGGGGCGCUUCCCUGUAUCAGCGCCCCGGGGGCACAGCGUUGCUCAGAGAGUUCUCUGUGACCGGGUCCCCAAGGCUCCAAGAGGGCACGACUCCUGUAGCAGAGGAGAGUUCGCGUUUCUGCCAGCAACAUGAACCGUGGGACAACCAAAGAGGAGCUGGGAGAACCCCGCGGUCCCCGGGGCGGUGCAGAGCAAGGCAGCCGGGCCCGGGGCUGGCCAUCCAGGGACCGCAGCCUCCCAGAGCCCGCGUCCUCGCCGGCCAGCUGGGGACAUGCCGUCGCCCCUCACAUGGUCCAGGGUGCGGUGAGCCGGCAGCCCUGCCUGGCACCACACGGGCGUCAGAAGGACAGGCAGUGACGAGGUGGCAGCCGUUGUCACUGAGAGAAGCAGCCUCGUCUGGAGUGACGGCCACGCUCUGCCUGCCACUGGGGGCCCUGGGUGACUGGCGAGUCAGUGCAUUCACCCUGAGACCACCUGCUCUCAGAAUCCGCGGGACCCACCCGGCGGGACUCUCCGGCGGCACUUGGUCCCCUGUCAGUCGCGCAGGGCGCCUGCUGUGGGCUCUGCGGGCAUGACACUGGCCUCCACCGCCGCGGCCCGGGGCCGGCCCCGCUCCACAGAAGAAAGGCGGAGGCCCGCGAGCAGGGACUGGCCCAAGGCCCCGAGGAGGGACCUGCCCGUGGGGGCUGUGAGGACUGUCCCGGAGCGCGGAGUGGCCCUGCCUGGACGGCCCACACCCUGCGGCUGGGCCGCAGGCUCCGCUCCUCAGUAAACCCGUGCCCAAGCCUGGCCACCCGCCUCCUGCCGCCUCCCAGCGGCCUUUUCCCCCAGAGAAGGGCAGGGGGACCCCCAGGCCCCAGCUGUCCACCUGUUCCCUCUGUCCCCUCUGCCACUGCACCCUGGCCUGGGGACAGACGAGCUGGCUUCAUCCCAAGUCAGGCCUCAGGCCUGGCCAGCGCCAGCCUCCUGUGGCAGCUUGGCCCUGCUGCCCUGGCAGGCGGCGGCGGAGCCACAGCUGGAACCAGGGCUGGAGCCACGGCCAGAGCCUCGGGGGGCCUGCGCUCCCCCCACCUUGGCUCAUGGGAGGGUGAAGUCGGAGUUGGCUGGAGGAAGGGGACCCACUCCCUGGUCACCUCCAGAUGUGCUGGCCAGGGACUGCUGCGGCCAGUCAGAGCAGCUCCCCCGCCCUGGGGCCUCACACACACGAACCACAAGCUCACACAUGCUCACACUCACACACUCAUGCAUACAUACAUGUACACAUACUACACACACACUGCACACGCUCACAAUGCCCCCCACAUGCACACACACACAUACACUCUCAAACACACCCACAGGCACACACUUGCACUCACACACAUACACAUGCUCACAGUGCCCCCCACUCACACUCUGGCCAUCCAGAGACCUCACACUCCCUCACACGCUCCCAUGUACACGUACAUGUGCCCCACAUGUACGCUCACAUUCACACGCACACUCAUGUGUACACACUCAUGCACACAUACACUCACGCAUGCCCACACAUACACAGCACUCACAUGCUCACACAUAGCACAUACACAAACUCACACUCACACAUGUGCACACACAUCCUCACACAUACACAAAUACACUCACACACAUGCUCAGGUGCACACGCUCCCUCAUGCCUACAUACACAUGCUUGCAUGCACACACAACACACACACAGGCUCACGCGCACACAUGCACACCCUGCACGCGCAUGCCAGGUGGCGCCUCAGCCCAGCCGCAGCCAGAAUCAGGCAGCAGCACCCAGCGGACGCCUCGUGUUGCUGAGAAGGUGCUCCCUCCCCGCUCCCUGCUCCCCCGUUCUCCCGCUCCCCGCUCCCCUGCUUUCGCAUGCACCCAGGCCCUCUGGGGGCCCCUCUGUCCACCAGGCCCCAGUGCUGGCCCCGCACCUCCCCUCGCAGUGCCACAUGCUGGAGACGGGUGACUGCACAGCGGCUCAGGGGCACUGUGGGGUCAGGUGGUCAGGGAGGACCUCUGAGGGCACAGGUUAAUUCAAGCCUGAGAGACAGGCAGGGCCACCCAAGCAGGGGGUGCCGGGCACUGGCCCCGUGGGAACAGAGUGACCUGGCCACUGUGGAGGAACCCGGGGACGGAGGAUGGAUGUGGGAUGGGGCAGCGGGGAGGGCUGGGUGGAGGUGGCAGUGCAGGACACCCGGUGCCAGACCUGGUGCAAGGGCUGUUUCCACUUCACCACGGGAACGAGCGGGGGAGCCCAGGGAGGCGGUGCUUGUCUGAGGUGGCACUGCGCUGGCCACCUGAGUGAACACACACGUGCUGAUGGAGAAAGGUGCGAAAUGGCACCAGAGGUCACAGAGGACCGUGCCGGGCUCUCCGGGGUCUACACAGCAUUUUUUAAAGUGCGGGUUUAUUGCUGGCAUGAAUAAAAGCACAGCCUUUGCAUAAA